CUCCAAGCCCCCAACUGUUCUCCAAAGCAACAUUGGCCUGCAAUCUUUGCUGCAGAGUCCUCGAAUUGGGCCCCCACUCAUCGGAGUUUUUUCUUCGCCUGACGAAUUUCUGCGUGUUCCGAUCGGACAGGCCGAGAAUUCUUAUCUCCAUGCCUACUGCUGCGGAUGUAAUGCUUCAGGUUGUACCCAUUAAUCUGUCGGAGUGUGUUGCAGAUCGUGGCGUUCGUUCCUCCAUAUCACGAUCAGGGGAGAGGUUUGUGAUGGCUGCUCUGUCCGUGUUGCAUUCUAGGAGCGGGAACUUAAAAUCAAUGUCUUUUGGCGUCCUCAAUGCCAGGGCUUGUGAGGAACUUUCUUUCUGAGCGAGUGGGUGCUUCUCCGAAACGAAUUAACGAGCGAUCGGUGGUGACAACCAUGAUGAAUCUGGACGGAGGACGAGAAGAGAUUGAAGAACAACUGAAUCUCAAGAUUUUUUACGAGCAAAGAUCCAAUGAAGCCCUCAGUGGAAAGUAUCGUUGCUCGGAGGCGGAGGCUGUCCAGCGAGUACGAUGCCAAGCACGGAAUCGUGAGGAAGGAGGAUGUUUUUCGCCCUGCACCGCAAGUCCCUUCAUCAGCCAUUUCAGAUUCGUCUCCCGUCCCCCUCCAUGGCCCAGAAUAUGGAACAGCAGUGGCGGAUCCCAGGACGCAAGGAAGUUCAAGUGGAUUUGGAGUUGAUGCUGCCAGUCCACAACACCUCGGAAACGGGCAGGAGGAUAUUUGCCACACACCCAAAUUCGACAUGAAGCUUCCAUCCUUCGAAGAUAUCGUCGCCCGAAGGCGAAGGCAGCCGGAUUCUUCAGAUUCUCAGCCAGGGGAUAUUGCAGAGAGAGACGCCGAAGAAUGGGAAGCUGCCACGCCGGCGCUGAUACGAGCACUCGAAGCAGCUGGGUGCUGCGCCACACCUCGAACAUCUGGCGCUCGUAGGCGGAGUCUGGACAGUUUCGCUCCUCCCCUGGAAUUCGAUAUCGACGAAUUUGCUUCGGAUGACAGCACUGAAGGCAAUUAUGGGCAGCCUUAUGCACGAGGUGAAGGAAGGAAGGAAGGGGUGGAACAAACGAACUCAUCGUCGCAGCUGGAACGAGAGUCUAGGACCAACCCAACGCAGGCCACUCCAAGUGCCGAGGCCGAACAUGUGCACGAGUACACGAAGAAAUCUGAGAUUGAAGAGCGAAUUGAAGGUUCCGUGUCGCAUUUUCUGCCUCCAAGAAAUUGUCCCGUUGUCAGGCAGCAGAAGCAGGAAAGGUGCACGGGUUCUGGGCUGGGGCGCCACAUGUAUGUGGUACCUCCUCCGAGACGUCGUGUGGAGUUGUCUGAAUAUUUCGUAGGGGAGGUGGUGAUUGUCAAACGAGACAGGCACGUCUGGGUGUUCGGCCAGGUGAAGAUGCUGGGCUGGACAGGGAUCAAGGUGUGGGUUCCAAGUGUGGCGAUUAUGGUGAACGUCCCCCUGGAGAUUAUGUAUACUCACUUGAGAAAGCUGGAGGACGAGGAGCUGCAGAAGAAGUCAGAGUUGGCAAUUCCUCGAGGAUCGGCAGAGGACGACGAAGACGAGCAAGAUCGGAUACCACUUCCUGCAACAUUUCACCGGAGGAAAGACCUGGUGAUCGCAUCUCGCAAGCCCCCUACAAAUUCAACACAGGUGCAUCUUGUGAGACCAGCACACCUGGCUCACAGAACCCUCUAUCAACCUUUCAAAUCAUCAGUCUCAUGCACCAUAUGCUUCCAGCUCAUGUCACUCAUGGAUGCCCACAAGCCUUGGGGUUGUGCCCAUUCCUGCCACUUGUUCUGCUAUGAGCUUUUUGUUCAGAGCACCAGCUCCACUACAUGCAACACCUGUUCCACCGGUAAAACGUGGGACUGGAAAAUAAUCUCUUGCAAAUGCGGAUUCUCAGGAUUUGUGCGUAAAAAAGUGGACGAUUUAGAUCCGCCUCCAGUGUGUCCAUCGUGUCUUAAGCUCACACCUAGACUCAUCCCUUACCAAGCUGCUCCCACCAGAGUAUCACAACCAGAGUCCAGACCGAGCACAGGAGCUACCAGCUCCAGCAGCAAUCCGGGUGGAUUGACGACAACAGCCUCUCAGGCAUCUGAUUCCAGCUCGGAAACUUGGGCUACAGAAGCGGUAAUCAAGUUACCUAGACACGCAAUAAACAUAGACGAUUCGGAAUGGAGGCGAGUGGAAUGCGAUUGUGGACUGCAGGCGACGCUCAGAGCGGAUGCGGAUCCCAGCAAGCCCCUAAUUUGCCCAGCCUGCUCUGUCCAGAUAACGAAGUGGAUCAUACCCAGCAGAGACGAUCUCCUCAAAUCUCUUUUGGGGUACACCCCGCUAGACUCACCUACUUCUGGUUCUUCGCCCGCUUACUCUUGUUCAUCGCAACCAGUUUCUCCUCUUCCCCUCCCAAAAAUCAAAACUCCCGCAUCAUCGGACUUUUCAUUGUUUGAUGGCUUGAAACGUCAAAGGGAAUCUCCAUCCAAGUUAUUGGCACCGAUAAAUACUCCUUCGUCCAGGCUGAGUUCUCCUUCAUGUGUUCUCCUUCAUGCAUCGGCCUUCAUGUGUUGGUUUUGUGGGGCCUCUAGCAGUGAGGACCACUUGAUAUCUUACUCUAGUCAGAGAGUAGAUAGUCAGUCUUCGGAUCCUGAGGUUGAGGAUGGUGGUGUGGACCAGCGUGAUGUUCACGAUGAUGCGUUGGUGUUGGAGUUCCUACGGACCAGUAUGGUGCCAGGCACAGUGGGUGCCAAGGAGCGAGAUCGUGUUCUCCAGAGGGCGAAGAGAUAUCGAUUGGAGGGAGCACAUGUUCUCCGAGUGUGGGAGGACGGUAGGGUACGGGUAGUACCGCAUCCAACUCAGAGAGCACGCAUUGUGAGGCAUGCUCAUGAGGAGUUGGGACAUUUUGGAGUGAAGCGUACGUACAGCUUACUCCUAGGUCAGUAUUGGUGGCGUGGUAUGCAUACGCAGGUGCAGCAGUUGGUAUCACGUUGCAUGGUUUGUGAUCGAGUGAGGGCAUCGUUCAAUGCCCCGACACCAGAGUUACAUCCCUUACCUAUCAUGGGAUUGGGUUACCGUUGGAGUUUGGACUUUGCUGGACCACUACCUUUGACUACACGACAUCAUCGGUAUGUGUUGGUGAUGGUGGAGCAUUUCUCCAAGUGGAUUGAGUUGGUGGCAUUACCUGACAAGGCGAGUGAGGGAGUAGCAUAUGCUUUCCUUGACAGGGUGCUUAGUCACUUUGGUGCACCAGCUGAGGUGUUGACCGAUCAGGGGACAGAGUUUCAGGGUGAGUUUCAGGUCUUGUGUGACAAGACACUGAUUGAUCACCGGACUACUUCCCGAGAUCAUCCAGAGGCGGAUGGUUUGGCUGAGCGGAUGGUACAGACGGUGAAGAGAGCGUUGCGCAAGUAUGGCCUACAGAAGGGGCAUCUUGGGGACUGGGAUAUUCAGUUACCAUGGUUGGCCAUGGGAUAUCGAUUCAGUCGUCAAGCAUCCUUGGCUUCGUUUUCACCAUAUUUUCUAUUGUACGGCCGAGAUCCAGACUUGCCUGCAGCGAUUCGUCGUGAGUCUAGCGAGGUGGUGAACCUUGAUGAUCCAGAUAUGUGGGUGAGAGUGUGUUCUCAACGUGCAGUGCUCUUUCGGAGAGUUAUGCCUGCAGCGUUUGAGAACCUUGCGAUUGCUCAGCACCGAGAUACGUUGCGGUAUGCAACUAUUCGAGGAGGAGGUUAUCGACCAUCGAUUCGUAGGUUCCGCGUGGGAGACUACGUCUAUCUACAGCAGACUGCACCGACUACGUUGGAUGUGACGGCAGGACGCACUAUCCUGCGAGUGCGAGAGGUGUUACCUUCUGGAGUUCUCAUGUUGGAGGGUCGUGACGGUGUCGUUUAGAAGGAUCAUGUGCGCAACUGUGCGCCAUGCCACCUCCCAAACGUGGAUGGUACUAUAGACCCAAGCUUGGCGAUUGUACGUGCCGGCUUGAGGUGCAUGUUAUGUGGGUCAACUGAUCAGGCGGCCCAUAUGUUGGUGUGUGAUAGGUGUUCUAGGGGAUGGCACAUGUCGUGCUUGACUCCACCUAUCGAUGUUGUUCCUACUGGACGGUGGGUUUGUCCUCGAUGUACUUCAGAGGGUAGAUGACUUGAUCUUCACAUGUUAUGAAUUGCAGAUAGGCGACUAACGAUGGGGCGACAUAGCAUCCGGCCUACUGGUUCGCGCACCCACGAAGGUGCAUAGCAUGUAGUUGUAGAUAGGGCUACCUGGGAGUCAGAGGGACCUGACCGCCAGCUAGGGGGGCGAGUUGUGAUACCUUUGUGUGUGGACACUCUCGUUCCUUGUGUAUGUAUGUGUGAGUUGUGAGUAGAGCAUGUCAGCGAUGUAUGAUGUAUGGCGAUACUGAGUCGCACGACAGCUGUCAUGGCUCGAGAUGUUGGGUCGGUUUGAGUUGAGACACGUUGAGUUUGAGUUGGAGUCGGGGAACGUUGGGAGGCGGCUAACGUUGGGCCGCGGCAGACGGGCGAGGAACGUUGGAUGGAGUCGACACCUCCCGUGGGUUAUAUUCGUGGCAAACUCGAAGAACUGUCAGUUCUUCGAGUUGAGCCUUACGCGUCGGGGUUUUUCCCCUUAGCUUCGACUUUUAGUCUACUUACGAGUAGUGAGUUUGGCUCGACUCUUUGUGUAUUCGUGUUUCGACAUUACUUUUAGUUGUGAUACCUUUGUGUGUGGAC